AUGGCGCAUGUGCUUGACUCAAUUGGCUCACCCGCAAGCCUACCUGUCAGGAUUGUCUCUUCCAUCACGCUUGCUGUUGCGUUCCUCGUAGUUGUCUACGUAAUCUACGAUUUCUUUCUGAGCACAGAAAAGCAGUCCAGAAGCGAUGCUGAGGAGACAAAAUCUGGGAUCUAUGAAGAUGAGGAUGGCACCGCCACGGAAGAGUCACAAAAGGAGCAGAGCGCGUCGAUCCUCUUUUGGGUCUCUUCCAUCUCUGUAGGCUUAGGCUUACUUAUGUCCGUCCUCCUCAUCGGGCAUACCUCAAGGGGUAGACACAGAAAACAGUCGAAAGAUUUCAUGGUACAAUCGUUGGACCUUGCAACUUGGAUCUUGCUAGUCGUCUUGACAUCCUUGAUCAAUGUUCAAAAGAAAAGUGUCACGAGAUUCACACACGGCCGCCUUUGCGGAUUGUCAACUGCGAUCUUGAUAGUCUCAAAUGGCCUUCAGACCUAUCUUUCAGCACACGAUCUGGCGAGAGGCACUGACCGAGAAGAGUAUAUCCGACUCGCUUUCAUCUUAGUUGAGAUCCUUUGUAGCCUUCUACUAUGCAUUUCAUCUCUCUCAAUCCCUCGCCGACCGGAUGUCGAGGUAGAAGGCCACCGAGUUGACCGGCAGUACACAGUCUCAUCCUUAUCAUACUGGACCCUGAGCUGGGCCGGUGACGUUCUGUCUCUUUCGCGUACUAAACAUUCUUUAGAAAUAGAGGAUUUGCCGAAACUACAUUACAAAGCCCGCUCUUCUGUUUUACUCGGCUGGUUUGGCAAUGAGGCCGGGAAACGCGCCUUAUGGAUCUCGAUACUAUACAUGCACUGGCACACGUUCCUUUAUCAGACAAUAUUUACCAUUUUUCAAGCAGCUAUCCAAUUUAUCCCACAGUUGGCAAUGUAUAAGCUUCUAAGGUUACUUGAGCAAAAUACUUCCAGUGCUAUGUAUUCCCCAGAGGCAUGGUUUUUAGUUCUUGCACUUGGCCUUUCAAUUCUCCUUGCGGCUUGGGGCGACUCAUGGAAUGCAUGGAUGGCAUACGCAAAUCUCGCUGUUCAAUUACGCUCAGAACUUUCCGCCUUGAUUUUUGCAAAGGCAACCCGACGUAAAGAUGUCAAAGAGGCGCGAUCGGCCGCCUCUGGCACGGGUGAAGCGGAUGCAACGACAACGGCUUCACAGAUUAACACCAUCACCUCCCCUAAUCAGAGCGCGCCGCAAGCUGGCCAUUCAGAUAAUCCUGAUGAUCUUGAGAAGACUCGUCAGAGUACAAUCAACCUCGUGAGCGUAGACGCAAAGCGCGUAUCUGAUUUCCUACGCUUUCACUACUUGUUUGUCGACGUGGCAACACAAUUGACAGUGAGCGUUUUGUUUCUCGUUCAACUCAUGGGAUGGAUACCAGUCCUUGCCGGGUUUGGUGCUUUCUUCGUCCAAGUGCCUAUCAAUAUCAUCGUUUCAAAACGCUUUACGGAUGCUCAGGGAGAUUUGAUGCAAGUCCGAGACCGAAAGUUGAUGGUCGUUACAGAAGCAUUGCAAGGUAUCAGGCAGAUCAAGUUUUCAGCACAGGAGACACAGUGGCAGAGGCGCAUCGACGCUGUACGGACAACAGAGUUGAAUGUCCAGUGGCAGGUAUUCUGCCUCGACACAGUGCUCAUUUUUUGUUGGGUAGUCGGCCCAAUCCUGCUGAGUGCCGUUGCUAUCGCUGUCUACACUGUUGUACAUGGAAACCUUUCGGCGUCCGUGGCAUUCACAUCCAUUGCCUUGUUCGGCUCAUUGGAGUUUAUAUUGGCUGUAAUUCCGGAGUUCACUGCCGAUGGUCUGGAAGCCUGGGUCUCAUGUGGACGCAUUGAGGAAUACCUUGCGGCGCCAGAACGUGAAGAAUAUACAGUCGAGGAUACCGAAAUCGUCUUCAAUGAUGCGUCAAUAGCUUGGCCGUCAGACAAGAGCCGGGAGAACGCCAAUACCACUGAUCGAUUUUCUCUGCAACAUCUUGGAUUCAGAGUUCCAAAGAAGAAACUGACUGUAAUUAGUGGAGCCACAGGGACCGGGAAAAGCUUGCUGUUAGCCUCUCUUAUUGGCGAGGCAGAACUACUCAGCGGCGAAAUCAGAAAGCCUAGGGUACCAUCCGUCAAAGAAAGAUGCGAUCAGAAUGCUAACAAGAACGAUUGGGUUGUUGACUCUUCCGUUGCAUAUGUUGCACAGAUUCCAUGGAUUGAGAACGCGACGAUCAAACAAAAUAUAUUAUUUGGCUUACCUUAUGAUCGUGGUCGUUACAACAAAGUGGUUGAAAGCUGUGCCCUCACGAAAGACUUUGAGAUUCUGGAAGAUGGCGAUAGUACCGACAUUGGCUUUAAUGGCAUCAAUCUCUCAGGUGGUCAGAGGUGGCGAGUCACCUUCGCUCGAGCUCUCUACUCUCGUGCGGGUAUUCUAGUACUUGAUGACAUAUUCAGUGCAGUCGAUGCCCAAGUAGGCAGACAGCUCUUUGAAGACGCUCUCACAGGAGAGCUGGGCCAGGGGCGGACGCGCAUUCUAGUCACCCAUCACGUCGAUCUUGUGCUUCCUAAAGCGGCAUACAUAAUUAGUCUAGGCGAAGGGACGAACCUCUACGUAGGCGGACCGGAAGGGUUUCGACCUACGAAAGAGCUACAACGAGUUCAGUCGCUUCAAUCUCAAAGUUCCGUUCAGGAGCCUUCACGAAGCCUCCGACGAAUGAGUACGAUAGAAGGUGACGACCUGAAGAAAGUCACUUCAGUGGCAUCGUACAGGUCGAAUUUGAUAGACCAAGGUGGGCUCGACCUCGCCUACAAGAAUGAAGCCAAGAAAUUUGUGGAAGACGAAAAGAAGGAAAAAGGAGCCGUAAAACUGGGCAUCUACGGCGAGUGGCUUACAGCAAGCGGCGGACUUCUCAUUUGGACACCGAUCUUUGGGCUGUUCUUGUUUCAUCAAGCUGUAUCAUUUGGUCGCUCUUGGUUCGUCAGCUUUUGGACUCGGUCAUAUGAAGCUGAGGCUGUAUCGUCUACGGGCCAGCCAGCGAAUUUCUCCCAGGUGACUCUCGCCGCAAAUCACGCUCCUAAUUUGACUUUCUACCUUAGUAUCUAUCUUGGUAUUAGUACGAUCAAGUGCAUCUCUGGCACUCUUCGAUACUUCCUUGUGUACACCAGAACAAUUCGAGCAUCGAAAUUGCUCUUCGAAAACAUGUUGUUUACAGUCCUACGCACUCCUCUGAAAUGGCUCGACACUGUCCCCGUUGGCAGAGUCCUGAAUCGCUUCACAGCAGACUUUGAGUCCAUCGAUUCAGGUCUUGGAAGCGACUUGGGAAUAUUCAUCUACGAAGCCUUGCAGCUACUCUCUAUCAUCGUGGCUGCAGUAUUUGUGUCUCCCGUCAUGAUCAUCAUAGCACUUUUACUGUUCUGCGUUUGCUUUUACAUAACUAGGUGGUACCUAGACGGAGCACGCGAGAUCAAACGAUUGGAGAGUGUUGCCAAAAGCCCAAUCUUCGAAACUUUCGGGGCAACUCUUAGUGGAAUUGGAACGAUACGUGCCUUUGACAAAACGGAAGUCUACAUUGAACGUAUGUUUGCAAACAUUGAUGGGCAUGCACGAGCCUUUUGGCAUUUGUGGCUCUUUAACAGAUGGCUGUCAUUCCGCUUAAACUUCAUUGGAGCUGCCUUUUCGAUGCUGACAGGGGCUAUCGUUGCUUUUUCGAAUAUUGACGCUUCCCUUGCUGGCUUCGCCUUGGGUUUCGCUUUACAAUACAGCUCAGCGAUUGUCUGGGCUACACGAUUCUACUCUAACGUGGAGCUAUCAAUGAAUUCAGUCGAGCGAGUGGUCGAGUACUCCAAAUUACCCACUGAAGAUCAAAGCGAGAAGCGACAAGCUCCGGCUGCAUGGCCCACCGAAGGCCGCCUUGAAGUCGACAAUCUCGUCGUUGGCUACGCACCAGACCUGCCACCAGUGCUCAAAGGCCUCAACUUCCGAGUCGAAAGCCGGGAACGAGUUGGCGUCGUAGGCAGGACCGGAGCUGGCAAGAGCUCACUGACACUGGCUCUUUUCCGCUUUCUAGAGGCUCGAGAAGGCUCGAUAAUCAUUGACGGUAUCAACGUUGCUGACAUCUCUCUCCAAGUGCUCAGGAGUCGUUUGGCAAUCAUCCCUCAAGAUCCUGUCCUCUUCAGCGGUACCGUUCGAAGCAAUCUCGACCCCUUCGACGAGCACACAGACGAAAACCUCCAAGAUGCCCUCCAGCGCGUCCAGAUUGUCCGAAGCAGCAGCAGCACCACCCCCAAUAACAACACACGCCCACCUUCCCGCGACAAGCACACCAAUCCAUCAACUCCACCGCAGCAAGCAAACACCAACGCUUCCAUCACACUCAACACGCCCAUCUCAGAAUCCGGCUUAAAUCUCUCCCAAGGCCAGCGCCAGCUCCUCUGCCUCGCCCGCGCCAUCGUUCGCCGCCCGAAAAUCCUAGUCCUCGACGAAGCGACCUCGGCCGUGGAUAUGGAGACUGAUCUCCUCAUCCAGCGGAGUAUUAGGCAUGAGUUUCGAGAUGCGACGUUGUUAGUGAUUGCACAUCGAUUGAGCACGAUUGCGGAUUUUGACAAGAUUCUGGUUAUGAGGGAGGGGAAGGGGGUGGAGUUUGGGACGCCGGGGGAGCUGUUGAGGAGGGAGGGUGAGGGUGUGUUUAAGAGUUUGGUGGAAGAGAGCGGGGAGAGGGAGGAGUUGAGGAGGAUUAUUGAGGAAGGGAGUGGAUGA